AUGAAGCGGCGAGGAACUAAACCAGACCUGGACACUUACAAUCUUCUCCUUCGUUCAAUGGCCGGAAACACGCGUAGCGUAGAUGCAUGGGCCAUUUUUGAGGACAUGAAACUAUACGGGAUAAAACCGGAUGUGAAGACCUUUAAUGCUCUUAUAGAGGCACACCAACAUAGGAAUUCAGCUUAUUUGUGGCCUAUAAUCAGAGCUAUGGAGGAAAUGGGAGUUGAGCCUAAUGCAACCACUUAUGGUCUCAUCAUCAGUUAUUUCGCCUCUGCAAAGAAUAUCGAAAACGCUCUCCGUUACCUCUAUGUCAUGAAAAGCAAGGGGACUGAACCUGAACUUCGAACCUUGCAACUAGUCGUUGAAAUUGCCGCGGACUCAGGAAAUGCGAGAUUGGCAUUGGAUUUGGUGAAUGCUUUUGAGUCGGAUUCCGUGCGCAGGUUGGAAUCGGAUGUAUGGGUGAAUUGUCUGACCGCAUCUGCAAGUUGCCUUUGGAAAGACGGCGUCGUUCAAUGCUGGGAAUAUAUCGUUCAGGAACUUAACUUAAGUCCCGGCGAAGGUAUCUGCAUGGGCGUCCUUCACACUGCUGCUCGCCAUGGCUUACCUGAUAUAGCUACCGAUGUUCUUCGAGUGCUUAAUUUGACUGGCGUUCCAUUACAGGAGCGUCACUUCGCGCCGCUCAUUGAAGCGUUCUGCAGAGCAGGUCAGGUCAAGGAGGCGUUUAUGACGAUAGACAUUAUGCAAGAAACUACCCCCCCGCUACCUUCGACCCUUCUCCCGAUCCUCGAGCAUGUCAAGAAGAACACUGACACCUUCGAUUCCACAUGGGCUCUCAUGGAUGAAAUACACCAAGAGAGACCAUUACAAGUAUCCUCCCUAAACAUCAUCAUCGGAGCAGCCGUUGCUUUGGGUGACCUGCAGCGUGCUGUGGGCGCGUAUAAGAGUUUCCCAGAUUAUAACGUCAAGGCAGACCGAAAUACAUUCCAUCUACUCCUCGAAGGUGCGGUUGCCGCCCGCCACCAACCCUUGGGAGCUCGAAUAUUGCAGGACAUGAAAGAAGCAGACAUCGCUUUGGAAUCACGUACUUACGAACUGAUGAUCGAGCUGGCCAUAACACAAGAUACAUAUGAAGAAGCAUUCGAAUAUCUUGAAGAGAUGAAAGGUGCAGGCUUCAAGCCUCCCGCGACUACAUACAAAUCUCUGGUGAAGAAGUGCGCCAUUAACGGCGACCCUCGGUACACUAUCGCCUUGGAGGAGAUGGAAGAAAUGGGUUAUGAAAAGGAUCCCGAGUUCCUUCGCAAAGCAAAAGAUGUCUUUUCAAAGGAAAGUACUGGAAUGAUGUUCAUUGAAGAGGCGGAGAACACAACAGUUGCACGUUAG